AUGGCCACAUGGAGAAUUGACCUCGGUGGAGUUCUUUCAUGUUUCAUCAAAUACCCGCUUCGAUGCAAGGAAGUGAUUGAGCGCCUCGAGUACCAACGUGUUAUCAACCCUGAUCAUAACGGCCUUGUUCUUUCUGAGACCGAGGCUGUUGUAUUUCGAGAAAUGUUGGGGUAUUUCGAGUACGACUAUCGUAUGGCUCUGUUGGUCACUCUUGAUUGCUAUGGCAUUGUUCGUCAAAUGAAGGUGCGUCUCGCUGUGUAUCUGAAGAAUGGAACUACCGACUUCAUUGGAAUAAAAAGCACCGUUACAGCUAGUUUAACCACUCCAUCACAAGUGAUGGCAAAGAGUAGAGGAAUUAGCCACUCAUUGCGAAAUGAAGGAUUACUGUGGUUGGUCCUUGGCCUUCUCAAUCUCAACUCAACCACUGCUGGCCGACGUGCCACAGAAGCGCCUGGUACAAUUCGAGAUCUCCUAUCCAUUCACAGGUCCAAUUUAUAG